GCGUAGGAUUUGACAACUCUCAACGCGGCAAUAACAUGUUGUGCAAUUUCCCAUGCAGGAUCCUGCUUAUCAUCAUCAACACAAUCAGCUUGCUUGUGGGUCUAGUGCUCCUGGCGGUUGGUGCUUUGAUGAUCUGGGGUCAAGAUGUAGUGCACAAACUCAUCAAUGGCUUUCUCAAUCCACUCCUCCAAUCGAUCUCCGUUACUCAGGAUGCUGCUCAAGUUACAGAACUGAUCGGCCGGAUCCUGACGGCUACUUCCCCCAUCGGAAUCACUCUGUUUGUCUUGGGAGCUAUAUUUGCCAUCGUCUCGAUCAUUGGAUAUUGCGGAGCUUGCUGCAACUAUAAAGUCUUGCUAUACCUCUAUGCCGCACUGGUUGGGGUUUUGGCUUUGGCAGUUAUGGCUUGUUUCUCAAUCUACUUUGCCAACAAAGACAAGAUAGCUGAUUAUGUGGUAGAGGUAUUCGCGAAAAGUGUGAAGGCAUAUACGUCAAUGGAAGCAAACACAGUGGACAGUCUGACUGUUGGACUGAUUCAGCCUCCGCUCAAGUGCUGUGGAGUGACGAGUUCAGCAGAUUUCGUGAAUCUCUCAUCAGAAGAUACCUAUGGUGGACAGUCUUAUACAGGUUUGACAGCGCCAAUUCCUUGCUGUAUGAUGAAUGACAAAUAUCAAAUCACUGGUGUUGGCUGCCCAGCGACGUUCACCAGCGCUAAUAGUUAUGUCCACGUGGGAUGCAAAGAUCCACUCAAAUCGAACUUCAUUUAUUACAUGAACUACCUUGCUUACGGUCUGAUUGGAGCAUUCGUAAUUUUGCUUCUCGUGGUAAUAUUCACAAUUUUGACCAUAUGCAUCGAUGUCGUUUAAACAAGUGGAGUAUCCAACCCAAACCAACGUGCAUUCGGAUGAAUAACCAGAGUUGUCUUCGUUUCCUCCUCAUUCCUCACCUUUUUUGUUCAUGCCUUUUCGAAGCAUAAAGUUCGACUUUUAUGCACUCAUGUAUUCCAUAUAUCCUUGUGAAAAACGUUAACUGCGGCAAUCAAUGGUGGUCCAACAAUGGAUGCCAUAUUCAUUUGAUUGUCGGAUUUCAUCCAUCCUUGGUUGUUAAUAAAAGCAUUUUCCA